CCCUCCAGCCAAUAGGAGCGCAGGAGUGUGGCACCAUCAGCGGUCGGAGGAAGAGCCUCAAACUCGUCAUGUUUCGCUUUAUUGCUUGUUUUGUUUCUUUCUGCCGAAUCGAUGUUUCCGGUUCCUGAAGCCUGGUGUGUUCAGGAGCAGCUGCAGGACAGAGAAGAGCACAUGACCGAGGGCCAGCGGCUGAGAGAAAGCCACCAUUUUGAACGAUGAAUUAUUUGAGGCAGUGAAGUUCACAGGACGAGGACAACAAACAUGUCAUCCAAAUCAUCUCUUCUCAAAGUCAUUCUUCUGGGCGACGGCGGCGUGGGCAAGAGCUCGCUCAUGAACCGCUACGUCACCAACAAGUUCGACGCGCACCUCUUUCACACCAUCGGCGUGGAGUUCCUCAACAAGGACCUGGAGGUGGACAACCGCACGGUCACCCUGCAGAUCUGGGACACGGCCGGCCAGGAGAGGUUCCGCAGCCUGCGAACGCCCUUCUACCGCGGCUCCGACUGCUGCCUGCUGACCUUCAGCGUGGACGACAGCCAGAGCUUCCACAACCUGGUCAACUGGAGGAAAGAGUUCAUCUACUACGCCGACGUCAAGGAGCCCGACAGCUUCCCGUUCGUGGUUCUGGGCAACAAGGUGGACGUGACGGAGAGGCAGGUGACGAGCGAGGAAGCUCAGGAGUGGUGCAGGGAGAGCGGCGGAUACCCGUAUUUCGAGACCAGCGCCAAAGAUUCGACGAACGUGGCGGUCGCGUUCGAGGAAGCCGUCAGGAGAGUUCUGGCUCUGGAGGAGCGACACGAGCAUCUGAUUCCCACGGACACCGUCAGCCUGCACCGGAAGCCUCGCGGCGCCUCGCCGUGCUGUUAAUGGACGAGAAUCAUCUAAUUACGUUAGCUAUUUAAUGAUCCUGGAUGAGUCUGAACUUGGAUAAUAUGCACUUACUCGUAAACACUGGCUUGGUUUCGUUGGGUGACGCUCUUGAAUCUGAACUUCUGUGCAUUCAGAUGUUUUAUAUAUAUCGAUCUCUCCCAUGGGAUUUGAGUGGGUUACCGUGUAGACGGAUGUCGUUUUGUGUUCAGCAUGAUCGUCUGAUAGUGAAGAGCAAAUGUAAUAAAUGCACUGCAGCAUUGCACGGCGUUUUCUUCAUCAGGACUUUUGUUUUCCACUUUAAAAAUAUCUGAACGUCAUUUAAACACUUGUUUUCCAGCACAAAUUCUUAAAUCAAGAUGCAUUUACUGGAGAAGCAAAAUGACUGAAGAUAUUAAGUGUUGCUUUAUGAAAAAUGUAUCGAAAUAAAGUGAGUUUGUGCUUAAAACUUGAAUAUCUGCCAACAGGCUCAGAAAAAUAAUCUAAACUCGAAGGAAAAACGAGAUUAUUUUCAGUAAACAAGACUUAAUAUCUUCAGUCAUUUUGCUUUUCCAGUAAAUGUAUCUUGAUUUAUGAAUCUUUAGAUAUUUGUGCUGCAAAACAACAAAAAUCCUGAUUUUUUUGCAUUAGAAGCACAGCUUCAGUUUACCUCAUUGAUAAGUAGUUUUUCUUAUUUACCGAAAACAAGUCUUAAUAUCUAUCAUGCGCCGUUAUGCUUGUCUAGUUAUCAGAUAUUUUUACUGGAAAACAAAAGUACUGAUGGGAAAAAUAGAUGUUCUUUUCCUAUAACUAUGAUUAACUUGCGCAGGACGGGCGUUCAUACACUGUGGCUGAUUUCUAAUAUAUUAUUAACAUUACAAAAUUGUGUAGCGUGUGCCAAAUAUAUAUAUAUAUACUAAAAAUAUGAAUAAGGUGGAAAGUUGAAGCACUUACUUUGAAAAGAAGCACUAAAAUCUUAAUAUUGUAGAUUAAAUUGAAAUUAAAAACAA